AUGUAUUACAGCGCUUAUAAUUAUCCGUCUAACAAUAACGAAAGUCGACUUCUGCUCACCAGUCGCCACAAAAAAGUUGCUUUACAUGCAAACCCAUAUGGUUUCAUCCAUCAUUUAAGAUGUUUGACAGAUGAAGAAAGCUGGGAGUUGCUGCGAAAGAAGGUGUUCCAUGGCCACGAUUUCCCAGACUCGGUAACUGGACCUGGAAUGCAAAUUGCAAGAAACUGUCGUGGAUUGCCACUUGCUGUGGUUGUCAUAGCAGGAGUUCUAGCAAAAGAACCAGUAAUCAAAGAAGCAUGGGAAAGAAUUUCCCAGAGUGGCAGUUCAUUAAUCUUCAAAGGGCACAUGGAAACGCUGGCUUUGAGUUUGAACCAUCUACCUUCUCACUUGAGAAACUGCUUUCUUUAUCUAGGAGGCUUUCCAGAAGACUAUAGGUUUCAUGUAGCAAGGUUGAUUUGGUUAUGGAUUGCUGAAGGAUUUAUACAAGAAUUCGAAAACCAAAGCCUAGAGGAAACUGCAAAAGAUUACCUGAUGGAACUAGUCGACAGAAAUCUUGUAGUUGUUCAUGAUAGAAAGUUCAACCGUGCCAUCAAGACUUUCUCUUCCAUGAUGUUUUAA